CAUCGUGAGAUAAACUUUGAUUUUCGUUCACGAAUCAAUCCAUUGGAAAGGGAACGCAGUGGAUAUACUGCAUAUGGUUAGGCAACGAGUUUAUUUAUUUAUUUAUUCAGCUGACGUACGAGGACCCUUUUUUAUCUCAUUAUCUUGGAAAUAGACGGCCUGACACUCUUUCACAACAACCGUCAGGGGAAAUUUUAGUACAGACAAGGGCCAAAAGACAUGACUAAGGUUAUCCAUAAAAGGCUAUUUUUCUCGCAUCAUUUAUACCAUGAUAAACGCUGAAGAACUCGUCCAAAGGUUUCCUUAUCGCUCCUUCUACUCUUCCUUUCUUUUUUCUUCGUUUUUCAUCUCCCUUUCAUUUUAUAUAGCGUUCUUUUGCAGUUGCUUGCGAUUGUGAAGAACCCGAUUUCAUCAUGCUACCCUCGGUCUCGAUCUUAACACCGUUCUCGAGCACGGAUGACCAUCACCGAAAGAUGCAUCGAAGUCAUCCACAUCCACAUGUCACUGUCCCUGACGAGGAAGACUGGUCUUCCCGCAGCGCCAAAACCAAUUUGCUCAUGCUGAGCCAGCGGAUCCCGAAUUCUCAAUUGCAACAAGCUAUUCAAGCCGAGAUCCAGCGCUUAUGCUCGGACCAUGAGCGGCUUUUGACCAUGUUACAACAACGAACAUCUAUAUUGGAGCGACAAAACGAUGAAUUGCGAGGGCUGGCUUCGGAACAUCAGCGGCGAUACGAUAAAGCCGUUCGGGAGAUGCAGUUCUUCAAGAAGAAAUAUGACAAGGCUGCGGAAUUAAACAAACAGCAUGUACGACCGCGAAGUCUAUCGAUUGGAUCGCAUUCUUCAGCCGAAGGUCCACCGAAAUCGCAACCCUCCCCACCGAUAUCACAAACUCACAUACAAAGUUACCCACUCACCCCUACCAGCCCACUACCUUCAUCCAACUUCUCUGUCGAACUUCUAUCCAAUUACCCACCGACCGAAGGUUCCAAGCCGAAACCCAACUCCAUUUCACGUGCCACGGGUAAUUCUAUCGCUGGAUCCGUUCCACCAACGCCUCUAUGGUCACCAGCACCUACAGAAUUCUCACACUCAACACAUCCUCCCAUCCCUCAAUUCCGGCAGCAUUCUAUUACAAGCGCCAGCAUUCACAGCUCUUACUCUUCCAGUACGGAAGGAUCUCAUUACAGCAAAUCUUCCGAUCACAGUUCUAAGACUGGGAUCAAACAGAAGCAAUCAUGGCAAUUUCUUCAACAGAACCCUUCGGCCCCUCCUUCAACGUCUCCAUCCGUUACCAUCUCGGCCCCAUUUCCCAGUAACUCCGUACACUCCGUUCCUAUGACGCCAGUACGAUCGAGCACCGCGACGAACGGAUACACCGGGGCCUCCCUGAUCCAGCAGAGAAGGGUGGACCCCUUGUUGUUUGGAGGAUCGGAUGCUUUAUGGGAGACAAUAGCGAAAAGUCAGGGCAGUGACGUGACAGUGGAGAAAAUUAUUAGCAAUUUUCUGCGUCGUGGAGGAUCACCAAACACAGCCAAGCAAUCCCCAUCAGCUCAUGCGGUAAAAUAUGGUUAUGGUAUGAUUCAUGCCUUGAUUGUCACCAAAGCCCCUGGGUCCCUGGAUCUCCUCCUUCAACAGGGAGCCAAUCCCAAUGUGAUGACACUCAGUCAAGUUGAAGAAGACAAGGUCUCUCCAUGCUUUUUAGCUGCAAGUGUGGGCUGGCUCUCAGGGUUGCAAAAGCUGGUGCAAGCAGGCGGAGAUUUGAUGACCGCUCGAGGUGGAGGUACGAAGAACAAGACGGCUCUCCAUACGGCGGCCGAGCAUUGUCAUGCAGCCGUAGUAGAAUAUAUUGUCAGUAAAACUCAAGGAGCGUUGAAUUUGGAAUUGGAUAGCGGUGGAGCUUCUGUCCUACACUAUGCUUGCGCAUCCGGUCACACAGACCUGGUUUCGUUCCUGGCACGAUCAUGUCAGAUCCCUGUAAACCAACCAGACCAACGAGGAGAGUUACCCAUCCAUUGGGCGGCUCGUCAUGGACGAUUAGAAGUGGUGACCUUGUUAAUAGAACGAUGUGGAUGUGACUGCAACGCAUAUGUGCCUCGGAAAGUGCCGACUCCUUUAGACCUUGCAAAAGCGGGCGGCCAUAAACGACUCGUCGAUUACAUCAAAGGUGCUGGAGGCUUAACAGCGAAAAAGCUAGAUAAACGACGAGAAGAGGAACUAGCCAAAGAAGUACCUGAACAUUUAGAAUCUACAUUAGCUAAAAAUGGCUUUUCUUUCCUGGAUGAUUAAAUA